UUAUAUCCGGUUAACCGAUAUUGCUAGUACUUAACAAAGUCAGUGUAAAUAAGUGGAACCAGAUUAACGUCACUGUGACCCAGUGACCAGUGGGUCAUAAUAUGUUUGUCCACUACUGAAUAGAGAGAACAGUUUAAUAUGGUACAAUGAUACAGUUUUUGAGAUCUUUAUUUGAUGCUGCAUAUCAUGUCACAGGACUUUUAUUUAGCUGGAUAUCACCAAGUACUUGGAUUACUUGGGUUCCGUCCUCAAUGAUGCAUUUAGCACAAGCAGAAACUAAACUCCUCAACAAAUUCAUAAAAUUGGCAUUUGAUACAAAGUAUGUAUAUCUUCCUUCAAAACAACAUAGAUUAUGGACUAUGACAGUAAAUAAGGACCAUAAAAAUAUGCCAUUGGUCAUGGUCCAUGGCAUGGGGGGAGGGAUCGGCUUAUGGUCCCGUAAUAUAGAUGAACUUGCCAACAAUAGACCUUUAUAUGCAUUUGAUUUACUUGGGUUCGGUCGGAGUUCUAGACCAACAUUUAGUUACACACCAGAGCAGGCGGAAGAUGAAUUUGUAGAAUCAUUAGAAGAAUGGAGAAAACAAAUGAAACUUGAUAAAUUUGUGUUGCUUGGACAUAGCCUUGGAGCUUAUGUGUCUUCUUCUUAUGCCCUGAAAUAUCCAGAAAGAGUGAAACAUUUAGUGCUGGCAGAUCCAUGGGGAUUCCCAGAUAAACCACCAGACUCUGCAAAUCGGAUUCCUACAUGGAUAAGAGUUAUUGGUGCUGUCAUUUCUCCGUUUAAUCCACUUGCAGUUCUUAGAGUUGCUGGGCCUUGGGGACCAGGCCUAGUAAAGAAAUUUAGACCUGAUUUACAAAGAAAGUUUGGUGAAUCAGAAGAGGAUGAUACGAUAUUUGAUUACAUUUACCAUUGUAAUGCACAGACCCCAAGUGGUGAGUCUGCAUUCAAAACCAUGAAUACCUCAUUUGGUUGGGCAAAGAGACCAAUGAUGCACAGAAUAGCAGACAUCAGAACUGAUCUUCCAGUAACAUUUAUUUAUGGUUCAAGAUCAUGGGUAGAUAGUAAUACUGGAUUUCAUGCUAAAUAUUUACGCCAUGAGAGUUACGUAGAUGUACAGGUUGUAAGAGGUGCUGGACAUCAUGUAUAUGCUGACAGACCAGAACCUUUUAACUUUCUAGUCCAAAGAAUCUGUGAUGCUGCUGAUAAAGACUCUGUCCCUCCGAUUCGUACAAAUCGUACUUCAAAAGACUUAACCAAAGAACAGUCCAGCCCAGACAUUACAUUAGAUUCUGUCAACAGUCAGUUAUGAUGAAAAAUUGUUUUAAAUAUUUAAUUUAUUUGGAUUUAAACAUGCACAAUUAGAGUUAUGGUUAUUGAUGUUUAUGGUAAUUAUUAUACUACUCUCAGGACUUUAAAAGUUGUUAGUAUUUACUUUCAUCUCAUUUUUCACAUUUCAAAGAAUAUUUUUUAUAUUGGCCUUACCAAAAAAUGUUUUUUGCUUAAUAAGUCUAAAAGUCUAUGCUUUUCAAAGGAAGAAAGUGAUAUUUGUAGAGGAUUGCAUUAAUACUCAUCUAAGCUGAUCAGAAUGAAAUCACUUCUGUCUGAUACUUGAAAUAUUUCUGACAUUUCAGUGUUUAAGAGAUACCUUAAACUCUUAUGUAAGGGAGAGAUGUGUAAAUACUUUUAGAUUUUGAGUAGACAUAGCUGUAAUAAAGAGCUUAGUAUAGUUAAUAUCCUUUUUAAUAACUGAUUAAACAUCCAUCCAAGUUCAAUUUUGAAAAAGGAGCAGGGAUGUGUAUCUGAUUGUAGAUAUUUGUUAUUUUUGCCAAUAUAAUGAUAGUGUUCACCAUUCAAUACUGUAUGUGAUAUCAUUAACCUUUUCAUCGUCGUCAUCAUCAUCAGGACAGUUUAUGUGUUUGUCCAUUUCUGUCUCUAGAUUUUCUCAUGUUAAUAUAGGUGUGAUUUGUAAAGUGGGUACAAAUUUUUCUGAAUGCUUUGGUUUGCUAAAACCAUAUUAUUCAAUAAGUUUUACAUAUUGCAGAUUCUUUUAAUUUUUGUGGGUACCAAUUUUUUUGUGGAUUGAGGAAAACAUUUAUUUUAAUGGAUACUAGCAAUAGAUUUCAUGGUUUUAACAAAUUCUCCAUACAAGCCUGCAGAAAAUUAGGAUUUUCUUAAACACUUACAUUAAUGGUUAACCUUAACCCAUGAAAUCCACAAGAUUUGUAACCCCACAAAUAAUUCUAUAAUGCACAAGAUUUGUAACCCCACAAAUAGUACUAUAAUCCGCAAGAUUUGUAAACCCACAAACGAUACUAAAAUCCACAAAUAUCUAAAUACUUUGAAAAAAAACUUUCACAACUGCUGUUUUUAUACGACCGCAACAAAUUUUUUGGGUUCGUAUAAUUCUAUGAUGUUGUCAUCUGCGUCGACGUCGUCGUCGUCCGAAUACACAUUUGGUUUCCGGACAAUAACUUUAGUUUAAAUGAAUGGAUCUCUAUGAAAUUUUUCAAGAAGGUUCAAUACCACAAAAGGAAGGUUGGGAUUACUUUUGGGGUUAUGGUACCAACAGUUUAGGAAUUAGGGGCCAAAAACAAGCAUUUUCGUAGUUUCCGGACAAUAACUUGUAUGUAAGUGUAUGGAUCUCACUGAAAUUGUACCACAAGGUUCCAUAUCACAAAGGGUUGGCUGGGAUUGAGUUUGGGGGUAAUUGCUCCAAACAUAAAGGAAUUAGGGGCAAAAAAGGGGCCAAAAACAAGCAUUUUUCUAGUUUCCAGACAAUAACUUGUGUUUAAGUGUAAGGAUCUCUCUAAAAUUGUACUACAAGGUUACAUACCUCAAAGGAAAGGCUGGGAUUGAGUUUAGGGGUAAUUACUCCAAGGGUGGUCAAAAAGAUUGGGGGGGGGGGGACUUUUUUUCCCAAUUUUUUUUCUUCAAAAUUUUUGAAAUUUCAAAUAUUUUGAAAAGUUUCAAGAAGAAAUCUUCAAUUGAAAGUAUUGCGCAAUAGAUUUUUAAGAUCUUUGACCACAUUUAUUUUGUGUCAGAAACCUAUAUUAUGUCAAAAAUUUGAUCACAAUCCAAAUUCAGACAGUAUCAAGCUUGAAUAUUGUGUCCAAACUUGCCCCAACUGUUCAGGGAUCGACAUCUGCAGUCGUAUCAGGCUGCACUCAGCGAAGCAUUUUAUUUUUAAUUGUAAUGAUAUGCACAAUGUCUACAUUGUUAUAUUAAAGAGCAUGUUGUUAUUUUUAUGUUAUUUUAUGGAGAUAUUCUUCAGGAAAGUACCUGUCAUUAGGAAGAUACUUUAUCCUGUGUAUCUUGCAUAAAGAAUAGAAAACUUAGGUACUGUCACAUAUUGAAUAUCUACUAUUGAAACACGAUAAGUGUUGCAGGACAAUAUUUUUUUAAUCACAACCAUCCACAGUUUGAUAUUUGAUAUAGAGUUCUUUUUGGGAAGUUAACCCAUUACCCUAGACCCCAUAGAAGAAGCUUUAGCAGAAAAAGUUGUUUUUAAGUUUUAUUUUCAUUUUGUUUAUUGAAUUAGAAUUAAACCUAUUCAUUAGUAAAGUACAAUAGACCUAAGACUGAUAAGAUUCAUUCUGAACACAAUUUGAUUUAAUAGUAAUUUUCAUAUUUUCAUGUACCUAAUUGUUAUACAUUUCAUAAACAUGUUUACAUUUUGUAUUUUGUUAUUAUGUGCUUCUGUGAUUCAUUCAUUAAUAUUCUCACCAUGACAAAGAUAUUUUAGGAUGAAUAAAAAUAUUAAACAUA